GCUGCCCUAAGGAUGCCUCUCCCUCUCUCUACAACCUAGUCAUUUUCUCUUUCUAGGUGCAAGGCGACAUGGGGAGCUCAGCGAACGGCGUCGUCGGCGACCGCACAACCACCCGCAAUGGCGGCGCCACCGUCGAUAAGGGCGUCGACUUUGCCAACUAUUUCUGCACCUACUCCUUUCUCUACCACCAGAAGGAGAUGCUGUCUGACAAAGUUCGCAUGGAUGCCUACUACAGAGCCAUUUUUGAGAACAAACAUCACUUCCAUGGAAAGACUGUGUUGGAUGUAGGAACUGGGAGUGGCAUCCUCGCAAUCUGGUCAGCUCAAGCAGGUGCGAGAAAGGUCUAUGCAGUGGAAGCGACUAAAAUGUCAGAACAUGCCCGUGAACUUGUGAAAGCAAAUAACUUUCAAGAUGUGGUUGAAGUGAUUGAGGGUUCAAUGGAAGAUGUUACCCUGCCAGAGAAAGUUGAUGUAAUUAUCUCGGAGUGGAUGGGAUAUUUUCUUCUGCGUGAAUCUAUGUUUGAUUCUGUGAUUUGUGCACGUGAUCGCUGGCUAAAGCCAACCGGAGUUAUGUAUCCCAGCCAUGCUCGCAUGUGGGUGGCACCUAUCAGGUCUGGGUUAGGAGAACAAAAAAUGAAUGAUUAUGAAGGAGCUAUGCAUGAUUGGUUUUGGUUUAUGAAAGAGACUAGAAAAUAUUAUGGUGUUGAUAUGAGUGUUUUAACAAAGCCCUUCUCUGAAGAACAGAAAAAAUAUUACUUACAGACAUCGCUGUGGAAUAACCUUCAUCCAGAACAAGUUAUUGGAACGGCUGCCAUCAUCAAGGAGAUUGAUUGUUUAACAGCAACUGUAGAUGACAUCCUUAAUGUUACAGCAAGCAUUGAAUCCUCAAUCACUGCAGAGGACACACGACUCUGUGGGUUCAGUGGGUGGUUUGACGUCCAUUUUCGAGGAAGCAAGGAGAAUCUGUGUCAAACCGAGAUUGAGUUGACAACUGCUCCUAGCGAAGAUAACGGCACACAUUGGGGCCAGCAGGUGUUCCUACUGCAGCCUUCUACCAGUGUUACUAAAGGUGAUAAUUUGAUUGUUAACUUCUCAAUGAAUCGCGCUAAAGAAAACCAUCGAUUGAUGGAGGUUGAGCUCAUCUGUGAUAUAAGACAGUCUUCUGGCAAGCUGCUUCCGCCAUACAGAAAUAAGUUCUCCAUUGAGUGAGGAAGAAAAUAGAUGCAUCGACAUUUAUGCAGCGCCUGCAUGCGAAGGACAUGCACAUGUAAGUUCUGGUGCUGACUGCAUCCUCGGAUAAAAAUAUCUGCAAGUGUUUGUGGGAUAUCUGGAACAAUUUUUGCCACUACAUUAUGCUGUUGUGUUUCUUAUCGUGUUUGAAACACAAUCUUGUUAAUUCAAUGAGAAUUUUGGUUUCAUAGGGCUUGUAAUAUUAUCGCUCUUUUUUUUACUUCUACUUUCUGGGGGUGCAAGAAAGUUGUUAUACAAUAUUUUUGUAUAAGAAAUAUACAAGUUGUAGCAA